AUGGGACCAAGAGGUGGUAGAUUCAUGUUUUAUACAGCAUCAUUCGGACUCCUACUCCAAAUAUUUUCUCCUGUGGGUGCCAAUUCUAUAGGUGUUUGUUAUGGGCUAAACGGAGACAACCUUCCCCCUCCUACGGAAGUGAUAAACUUGUACAAGAAUUGUGGAAUACAAUACCUUAGAAUCUAUGAACCAAACACUGCAGUGCUCGAUGCCUUGCGUGGAUCAGGAAUCUUGGUGGCCAUUGGUCCUAAAAACAGUGACCUGCAAGGGCCUAGGACAAGCCCCGGGUGCAGCUCAAGGAUGGAUAUCCCAGGAGAAGAAGCUCCUUUCAUAGCAUCAGCAAUGACAAAUAUCAAGGAUGCACUUACAUCAAUUGGACUAGGUCAUGUCUUAGUCACCACUGUUCUCUCUCAAAAAGCUCUUGCUGCUUCUUACCCUCCAUCAGCUGGUAUUUUCGCCCCAGAAAUAAAAACUAUCAUGAAUGACGUUGCGACAGUCCUGAGCUCGACUAAUACACCCCUCAUGAUCAAUGUGUAUCCUUACUUCGCCUAUGCUAACGACCCAAGUGAAAUUUCUAUUGACUAUGUCAUGUUCAAUUCAAGUGAAGUCGUUGUGCAAGAUCGACCGUAUAGCUACUACACCCUCUUUGACGCUAUGGUGGACGCAUUUAAUGCAGCUCUUGAGAAUAUUAACCAUGGAGAUGUUGGUAUUGCAGUUGCUGAAACUGGAUGGCCUACUGCUGGUAAUCCUCCAUUCUCUAGUAUAGAAUAUGCACAGACUUACAACAGAGGAGUUUAUAAUCAUGUUUUCCAAUAUGGGACACCAAGAAGGCCAGAGGUUCGUAUGGACACACUUUUCUUUGCCAUGUUCAACGAGGAUUUGAAGCCAUUUGGGGUUGAGAGAAACUUCGGAUUCUUCUAUCCAAACAUGCAACCAGUUUAUCCGUUUUGGUAA